AAUUGUUACUACUUUGCUUGCAGAUGUACAGCAGUGGUAACCCAACAAAUAUUGCAAACCCUAUUAGAUAUGCAAGUGUUCAGAUCGAUAUUAAAACAGAGGCUGGAAGAUUGACCUUGUACCAGACAACCCUUUGUGAGAUACUCUCAUGGGGCAAGCUAGAUGUUGAUAUUGAUCUGGAUCCUCUAGGUUAUCUGGAUUCAUACGAUGAGAAUGACAUCCAGUUGAUAUGCUGCCAAGAUGAUGCAAGCACCUUGUGGCUUGUUCCACCGGUGGUUCAGGCCAAAUUUGUUCAAUCUCUCCCCUUGAACAUGGAUAUUAUAUUUACCUGGGUAUUUAUAAGGGAUAGACCGAAAGGCAAGGAAUCCGUGAAGUUUGAGCCACCUAUUUUGAAACAGGAUCUUCCAAAACCAUCAGAGGUCGAGGAAGUACUCAAUGGUACCACUGACAGUUUUAGGAUAUCUAAUGUUUAUCCAAGAUAUUUUCGGGUGACUGGUUCUGGCGACAUACGGCGUUUAGAACAACUUGAGGACUCGGUUAGUGGGGACCUUUUUAUGAAUCGUGGGAAUCCAGAAUGGUGGUCUUUCCAUGCUAUCAAUGCAUCAGAGUCGGAUGGAUGUGGAGGACUGAGAGGACCCUCGGCGGUCAUUGUUUCUGAGGAAACACCGCAAGGUAUUCUUGGCGAUACUCUUAGCAAGUUUAGUAUAUGGGGCCUCUACAUUACCUUUGUGCUAGCAGUUGGUCGAUUCAUCAGAAUUCAAUGCUCUGACCUGCGGAUGAGAAUACCUUACGAGAACCUCCCUUCCUGUGAGAGGUUGCUAGCAAUUUGUGAGGAUAUCUAUGCUGCAAGAGCAGAGGGCGAACUUGAAGUCGAAGAGGUCCUUUACUGGACCCUUGUGAAGAUUUACAGGUCACCACAUAUGCUUCUUGAAUACACCAAGCCUGACUAGAUUCUGAAUACAAUGUGAUCUCUGGCUACCAGCAACUUAGUGGGAUCUGAUGCUGACAGUAGUUUUGACCAACACCCAGCAAUAGAAUGAGAACAUGCAGGCAAGCCCAUAAGGAGCCUGUCAUUCAUUGGGAGUUUCCUGGAAUUGUUUUCGUGUUUGUGAUCAUCAGUUUGUUAGACCCAAGGACUCUUGAUUAAAGAUUAUUGAUGGAUUAAUGCAGUUGUCUCAUAGAGGAGAUGGUCAAGCAAGGUUCAACAUGUAUAAUUAACAAAUGGGCCUUUCGUGUUUAGGUUAGAUUUCCUGUUAAGCUUAUUGCCAUGUAAUUUAUUUUUUUUUAUCUUGAAGCAUUAGAGAAGGCUGUGGAAGUGUGGAUGAUUGCAGGCUUCAUUUGGGGGAUGUCCUGGCCUGCUCUGCAAAUUUCUUUAAAGUUAAGAAUGAAAAUGAUUUGUUCCAUAAA